UUUGCAUGCCUUUCUUCCUCGAACACGUUGGAAGCUAAGCUAGUUAUUCCACCACAUUGGACACGUAUAUUGUCCCAUAUUAAGUCCAUCUAUUUCAGUUUCCGUAAAAGUAACAAAAUUUCAUCAUUUCCUGGGGGAAAUAUCCCCUUUCCUUUAUCAAGAUAAAUUAAUCGAUGAUGAUUCUGAUGCAAUGUUUUGCAAAGUGAAAUAAUAAUCACUAUGCAAUAUCUGUUGUAAACAUUUAUUUUCUAUCGCAACUUUCGGUUUAUCACUUGAAAACAAACUACUGUGUUUAUAUUGUUGAGAAUGAUUUUUCAAAUGACUUAUAUUUGCUGGCGGUAUUCAUAAGUUUUAAAUUUUUAUGCAAAAAUGGCUGCAGUAGUGGAAUCAACACCAAAUACUGCUUUAAAUCUGAAUGACAUAUUCCAACAAAAUGUAGAAAAUAGCUUUGUUUUAGAUGCAAAGAAAAUAGAGGAUAACUGUGCGGAAUUAAGGGAUAAAACUGCAUUAGUAAGUCCAACUGCUGAGCAGUUUGAUGCCCUUAUCCAGAAGUUAGCUCUACGACUUGAAAAUGGCCAUGGAGAAGUUAUUUUCAAUGUUGGAACGGGAGACAAUGGUAGCUCUGGUUUAUCAGAGGAAGAAUUGGAAGCUUCUGUUGCCACCCUUGAGAGUAUGGCCAGUACACUGGAAGCUGAUUGUGUUUUGUUGAGAAAGCAUAAAGUAGAACAAGGUGCUGUAUCUGAGUACUUAGUUCGCAAGCGAGCUAAAGAUAAUGACUUUGUUGAAGUGAGAGUGGCAGUUAUCGGUAAUGUGGAUGCCGGUAAAAGUACCCUUCUAGGUGUUCUGACUCAUGGAGAAUUAGAUAAUGGCCGAGGUAUGGCAAGGCAGAGGCUGUUUCGUCACAAGCAUGAAAUGGAAUCCGGUCGAACUUCUAGUGUAGGGAAUGAUAUUUUGGGUUUUGACAGCUGUGGAAAUGUUGUUAACAAGCCCGAUACUCAUGGUGGUCAAUUAGAUUGGGUGAAAAUAUGUGAAGCAGCUUCAAAAGUGAUCACAUUCAUUGAUCUGGCUGGUCAUGAGCGUUAUUUGAAAACAACUAUAUUUGGAAUGACAGGACAUAUUCCAGAUUUCACCAUGUUAAUGGUUGGAGCAAAUGCUGGCGUUGUGGGGAUGACGAAAGAGCACCUCGGACUGGCUUUAGCAUUGAAUGUCCCAGUGUUUGUUGUGGUCACCAAAAUAGACAUGUGUCCAUCAAACAUUCUGCAUGAUACUAUGAAACUGCUUGUGAGAAUAUUGAAAUCACCCGGUUGUCGCAAGAUACCUGUUAUUGUUCAUUCUGAGGAUGACGUAAUUGUGUCUGCCACUAAUUUUGUUUCUGAAAGGUUAUGCCCAAUCUUUCAAGUUUCAAAUGUUACAGGAGAAAAUCUUGUACUACUAAAAAUGUUUUUGAAUCUUCUGUCGACAAGAGUGCCAAACUCUGAUUCUGAACCUGCUGAAUUUCAGAUAGAUGAUACUUACUCAGUUCCAGGUGUUGGCACUGUUGUAUCUGGCACUACACUUAAAGGGACUAUUAGACUGAACGAUACCCUCAUGCUGGGACCAGAUCCUUUGGGUCACUUUCAGGCUGUGGCUAUUAAAUCUAUUCACAGGAAAAGAAUGCCCGUCAAGGAAGUUAGAAGUGGGCAAACUGCUUCCUUUGCUCUCAAAAAAAUAAGGAGGUCAGACAUUCGUAAAGGAAUGGUGAUGGUUUCUCCAGCACUAAAUCCUGAAGCCUAUUGGGAGUUCAAAGGAGAAAUUUUAGUGCUCCAUCAUCCCACAACUAUCAGUCCCAGAUAUCAAGCAAUGGUUCAUUGUGGCAGCAUCCGCCAGACAGCCUCUAUUCUCAGCAUGUCUAUGGAUUGCCUACGAACCGGUGACAAGGCACUGGUUCACUUUCGUUUCAUCAAAAACCCUGAGUACCUGAGGGUAGGGAUGCGUAUGGUGUUCCGAGAGGGACGCACUAAGGCUGUCGGGAACGUCUGUCAACUCAUACCAAAUGCCGCACCAUCGACCAUCGUCACCCGAUCGAAACCCACCAAAAUGAGACCGUCCUCAUUGAGUCCAUCUGAUAACAUGAUGAAGCCAGAAAAUGAACCUCGCAAACCGAGUAAGAGGAGCAGGGGGCGGCACAGGGGGAGCCGCCCUUUCGUUCGUGUUCCUGUAUAAAUGCAUCAGACAUUUGUUUGCUGCUGUAUGACAGCAGGUUGUUGUAAACAUGCACAAUGAUCCCAUUGUAUUACAUUUUAGAAUCAUAAAUUAUUUUUAACAUC